AUGACUGAACCGAUAUCAACUACGAUUCCAGCACUUAUGCAGAAGAGUGCAAAAUUGGAUCGUGUCGCUGUGAUUUUCGACUCUGAAAAAGUCUCCUAUACGUUCUCGAAAUUGAAUAAUGAGGUUGAGAUGCUGGCUGCUGGUCUGUUGUCCACAGGUCUUGAGGCGGAAGAUCGUGUGCUCAUCUGUGGUUCAAAUAAUGCGCAUUUUUUGGUGUCCGCAUUGGCUUGUGCUCGAAGUGGACUCGUAUUUUCACUGAUGAAUCCAAACUUCUCGAAUCCACAACAAUUGCUCUACGCAUUGAACAAGGGAGAAUUUCGUGCGAUCAUAUGCUUCCCAGCAAACAAGGAAGCGGAAUUCCUCAACGCUCUGCUGAACGAAAUCGCCACUGAAUUGAAACAUUCAGCAAAAGGACACGUGAGCAGUAAAGCGCUACCAAAGCUGACACAUGUUAUCACGGCUGAAGAGGAUCAUAAACAUGCCGGUACAUUUACACUGUCUGAAGUGUAUGGUCGUAGCAGUCGUGAACGCAUUGAAAAGCUACCGAAUUUCGAUGGCUGGGAUCCACACAAACUGGUUGCAUUGCAAUAUACAACCGGUGUUUCUGCACGACCAAAGCUUGUUGGUCUAUCACAUUAUCAGCUUGUCAAUGGGUGUCGUGUCGCGGCUCAAGCAGUUGGCCUGAAUGACUCUACUGCUCUAUGUUGUGCCUUACCGCUCUUCAAGAUGCCCAUAUUCGCUUUAGUCGCCUUGGCACCAUUCGUUACUGGAACUCGAGUGAUAUUUCCAUCGCCUUCACCACUGCCGAAAUUCCUCUUCGACUCCAUCAAAAAAUAUCAGUGCACUCAAUUGUUGACGAACGCAGUAGCUCUACGGCUUGUGCUGAAGAUCGCGCUCUCUCAACGCGUUGAACUACCGUCGAUCAAGACGGUGAUUCUGGUCGGUGAGAGAGUACCAGGCGAGCUACUCAACAGCAUCCGAAAGCAACUUGUCAAUGUAGAGCAGACUUUUAAUGGAUAUAUGCUCACCGAAGUGGCUACAAUACCGAUUAUGACAAACGAUCCAGCAAAUAUGCUCAAAAGCGUCGGUAAACCCUUGUCUGGUUUCACGGUAUGGUUUGAAUUUGAUAUUCAGCCUUAA